CCUGACUGGCUGCCCCUCAUGUGGAUUCUUGAUUCGGAGGGAGAUUUCUUGGGUGGGAAGCGCGUGUGGUUGCGACCAGGGCAAAAGUAUCUCUUCGGUCGGAUAAAGCAACAUGGAGCCGGGCAUGCCAUAGAACAUAACUCGAUAUCACGAAAGCACAUGGUGAUAGAAGUGUCUCCUGUGAAACCAGGUGAUGGGUCUCAUAUCUACGCAAAAUCGGAAAUCACAGUGAUCGACCAGAACUCCAAGUGCGGAACAGCAGUGGAUGGAGAACAAAUAAGGGGCGAGAGUGUCAGCCUGACCGGUGAGGAGCAUACUAUCAAACUGGGGAAGUACCAACAUUUGCUCCGGGUCAAAUGGCAACCUACCGUGCUUACAUUUUCCUUCUCAUCCAAGGAGCUCAAGGCAAAAGAUCCGUUAGCACAUGUCCGUUCCCGACUCGAGGAUUUAGAUAUCAAAACGAUCAUUCCAUAUGUCGUUGACAGGACCACACAUGUUGUGCAGAGCAAACGUAACACAGCCAAAGGCUUGCAGGCGCUGGUCAAUGGGAAAUAUAUCGUCGCGAACUCAUACAUCGACGCACUUGUCUACGCUGCUACGCCGAGUGAUUUAGAAAAUCUAGAGUCAUUGUCACCGUUAGAGGUCGAUUUCGACUCCGCAUGGCCGGACCCAACUGAGCACCUUCCGCCGCCGGGCAAAGAACUCGUCCCCAGGCCUGCGGAGUCAUUCGCACCAAACCCAGAUCGUGCGAACCUCUUCGAAGAUUAUACAUUUAUUUUUGGCGAUGCCGCACAAUUUGAAAAUCUACAAGACCCCAUCACGAAUGGGCAUGGGAAAGCUCUGUUAUAUCAUGUUGAGAAUGAGGUCACUACAGCAGAUGAGAUCGUACAAUUUAUGAGAAAUGCAGCUGGUCGUAAAGGUCUUGGGAGUCAAAGAGGCAGCCCCGGGGGAGUUGUUCUUGUUCGAUUUCGUGCGAAGGGACGCUACGAGGAAUGGUCUAUCGAGUUGAGCAACCAAGUUGCAUUGAAAACCGAUCAGCGUGUGAUUGAACAAGGCGAAUUUCUUGAUGCAAUAUUAGCAAAUGAUGCUUCGUCCUUGUGUCGCACACUGCCCUCACCUGAACCUACACCAAGUCAAGAGGGAAGUGCGGCACAAGUAUCACAAGCAGCCUCGACCACGCCCACUGAGAGCGUCCAAAUAGCCGAUUCCCAGCUAGCUGAGGAAACCAAUCAGCCAACUAAGGCGAAGCCAAGAGGCCCACGCGUGCGCAGCUUUGUUAGUAAAAUGAAAACAUUUGAUGAUGGUUUCGACAUUAAUGCCAUUCCUGCUCAUCCUCUGGACGAAGAGGAUGUUGUUGAAGAUUCGCUGUCGGCUAUGGACAUAAUGCCUUCAUCCGGGCAACAGUCACAACCGCGCAGCAGUUUACAGGAGGAAGACGAUGUCCUCUCUAACCUUCUUCCAGGAGCCAAUGCAAUGAAAAGACGUCGCCCCCAAACGAUGCCGAAAGCCUUAGGUGAUUCAACACCUCGUCCGAAGGAGGAAGUCCAUCGGCCCAAACGUCAGAAAUUAGACGUGCUUGAGGCUGCUCGGCAACAUCGAGAGGCAGAGGAUGCUCAACGUCAGCGCCGGGAGGAAGAAGAAGCUGAGCUCCAGAGCUCUCUGAGAGACGUUGAGAACCUAAAAGGUCUUGCUAUUGUGGAAGAAAUGGAAAUGCCGGUCCGAAAGGUUACUGAUGAGGAUAGCCGGUGGGAUGAGCAAUGGAACGGACGCAAGAACUUCAAAAAGUUCCGCAGGAAAGGCGAUCGCAAUCAACCUCGCCAUCGAAUACAAGCGGUCAUUGUUCCCCUGGAAGAAGUGACACGCAAGGACUUUGGCAUUGGAGAGCACUACUGGGUUAGCAGUCGCAAAUCUGCCGACCACAGUCAGGCAGAAAGUCGCCGAGAGUCUACUGUAGUAAUUGAGCAAGACACUGAAGAGUCUCGAUCUCAGUCUCUCGCUCAGACGAAGUCGGAGCCAACAGCCCCUCGAAGCCAGAAAAGGCUUCGAGAGGAGCGCGAGUCCGAUAGUGAUGAUGGACUUCGGUUUCGGUUCCGACGUAGGAGAUAGGAACAGGUUUUUUUGGCUAUCGUGCAAACCUCAAUGGUCCCUAUUCUCUCUUGUAGGACGCCCAAAUAUUGCCAGGUUCAGUUAUUUCUUCUCGCCUAGUAGCCGCUAUAAGAACCAUACCACCCGCCGUGAGAGUGCGAACGUGUUACUGGGUUUACAUGUCAAUGUUGGACACAGCAUUGAUAAUAUCUCUCCAGCGAUAUUCCUUCUAUCUUCUUUUCUCUCCUGCUAACCCUUUCCUCCAGCACACUCUUACCCCGUUAUGCGUGCUCGGAAGUAUACGCAACGACAAAGAUACUCAAUACUCACGACGCUAGUAUAGGUUGCAGCAAACGCUGAUGUCAUGCAAACAUUUUAUUGUAUGCCUAUCUAGUCAGAUGUUACUUCCCCGGUCAGAGAAAGCCUGGAGUUCAGCGAUGCUACUAUCUUUGUUUUGUACACCAACCGUCCUAACAGUCAUCCUUCUACCCAAUCCACCUCGUCCUCGUUGGUUCUCUGUCAUCUCCUCCAACCGCAGCACCAUCCCAACGGCCUUAUGAUCUUCAAUGAGUUUGGGACGUCGCUGUGCAAAAUACCGCGCAUAUUUGAACAAAGACCAAUAACAGCUAGCAACAUUUGUAAGACCGAUCAGAAUUUUGUAUGGCAUCUGCAGGUUAAGGUGUUAGGAUAAUUGCACGGAUUCUGGCCCAGAAGGGAACAUCGGAUGACCUACAUAAUACCAAAG